ACAAUUCCAUCCAGUACAGUUUAUCCGUUUGUAUUGACGAUUGUUGGUAUUUUAAAUAAACCUUUGUUCGUAUUCCGUAUAGCACGUGGUUCCGUGCUCGAAGAAGGCUGGUACCAUCGGGUGCCUCGUAGUUCAACUUCUGCAAACUCGAUUAUUUACUGCGGUACCUCUCGAACGAGGUAGACAUUUUCUAUUUCGUGUUGAGAUUAUUAUAAAUAUCUUCGAAUUCGAAAAAAAGAAAAAUUUAUAUCAUCAUAUUUUUAAUCGUGAUGAAACGUGCUUAGUUUGUGGUUACAGUGAAAGUAUUGUAGGAGAGUUUCACCUUCGAAUAAAUAAAUUAAAAAAAACACUUUUAGAUUGUGAUAAUUUGAAGUAAAUGGCUAUGGUCGGUACAAAGGAUAACAAAAGAAUGUCUACACUACUUAAGUGGGCCCAAAAUACACAAGGUAAAUUUAAUGGAAAAAACGUGAAUGGAACUACAAACGGCGAAAGGAAAUGGAUUCAUCCACCUGAAGCACUCCAAAAAGGGCAUAUAGCAUAUCUCGUCAAAUUUUUAGGAAACACAGUAGUAGAUCAACCGAAAGGAAUAGAAGUCGUUAAAGAAGGUAUCCGUAAAUUACGUUUCAAUCAACAAUUAAAGAAAAGCGAAAGCGGCGCCAAAACCAAAAAAGUCGAAUUAACGAUAAGCGUCGAUGGUGUCGCCAUACAAGAACCCAGAAGUCACAAUAUACUGCAUCAAUUUCCGUUGCACCGGAUAUCCUAUUGCGCCGACGAUAAAGGAGAGAAAAAAUUUUUCUCGUUCAUAGCGAAACAACCGAACCAAGUUGAUAACGACGCCGAGGAUACUCACGAAUGUUUCGUGUUCAUUUCGGAUAAAUUGGCCGAAGAAAUAACUCUAACGAUAGGUCAAGCGUUCGAAUUGGCUUACAAGAGAUUCCUGGAGACGUCCGGAAAGGAUUUGGAAUCUCAAAGACAGGCUAUGAUAACCCAACAGAGAAUCAAGAGAUUAGAACUGGAAAAUAACGUUUACAAACAGAGGUUAUUGGAUUUGUCGCGUUUUUCCAAUAUAAACGUCGAAUUAGAUCAAUAUUUGCGAAGCAAAAACAUUAAGGAUAUAUUGGAUAUAAAAGGGGAAGGGCAGAAUGAAAAGACGAACGGUAACAGUAACAACCAGACUCAGGUCAAUGGUACUACGAAGGAACUUCUGGAUUUGAGUUUCGAGUCAACAAACGGUAACCUACCACCGGUUCCGCCGAGGACUUUCGAUAACGCACCCGUAGUUGGAACCAAACUCGAGGGAUUGCUGUUCAACGAAUUGGAUCCGGACAACGAUUUCGAUCCCAGAUCCUUCGAAAAUAGUUCUUCUUCUACCGAUAUCACUCCAAGUCCACCUUUGAUAGCACCGCCGCCGAAAGCUCCAAGACGUACCAACCUCCCCGUCAACAACUGUAAUUACAAUGAAUCGCAGGGACAAGAUCUAUUCGGUACUACCCCUUUCGCUCCAAAUUCGACCAACAAUAAUAUCAUGGACAAUAAAAUUUCCGAUCCAUUCGAAAUGGGAGAUUUCUCCACAGCACCCACUCCUCAAGAUAUCGAAAACGCGAUCGGUUUGUUAGACAAGAGGAUCCUGGAAAUGAAGACUGGAUUUAGUCGCGGUAUCAGCUUCGGCAAUGACGAUUUUUCAUUAGAGAGCCUGGAUCCUCUAAAAAACUAACCCUUAUUUAGAAACAUUAAUAAAAAAUAAUGCAUUUACGACGAUGAUUUGAAUAUUUUUCAUUGAUCAUAAAUUACUCACCCAGUAUUUUUGUUUGGUGAAAAAAAGUGGCUGAAUUCUGUUGAUAUGCUCUUGAAAAUAUUGUAUGAAUUUAUUUUCAAAAUUAAUCCAUAGACUUUUAACUGUUUUUGAGUCAUAAUUUUCUGAAAAUUUUGACAAAAUUUCGAAAAUUUCUAUCCACUAUACUCUCCAAAAGUUUUUAUUCAAGGGACUUGUUGGAUCCUCUUAUUAAAAUAUUUGUUGAUACUUUUUUUUCCAUCCUCCAAGCUGUUGGAGAACAUACAAGAGGCAAGUUUUGAUUUUGGGGACUAUUUAAACCUUCUUAGAAUGCUUCACUUGCUAAAAUGUGUUUUGAUACUUUUAUUUCAAUGGAUAUAGAAUUCUCUCAAUGUACUUUGGUUACUGUUGAAGAUUUCUAUCCUCCAUGCUCUCCAAAAGUUUCGAUUUUGAGGAUUUAAUGGAUCUUCUUCAAGUGCUUCAUUUGUUGAAAUGUUUUGAUACUUUUUUUACAUCCCCCAAGCUGUUGGAGAAGAUACAAGAGGCAAGUUUUGGUUUUGGAGACAUUUUAGACAUUCUUGGAGUGCUUCAAAUGUUAAAAUGUUUGUUGAUACUAUUUUUCCAUCCUCCAUGUUGCAGAAGAAGAUAUGAGAGACAAAUUAUGGUUUUGGAGACUUGUUGAACCUUCUUGGAGUGCUUCACUUGCUAAAAUGUGUUUUGAUACUUUAAUCUAAUUGGAUUUAAAAUCCUGUCAAUGUACUUUGGUUACUGAUGAAGAUUUCCAUCGUCCAUGCUCUCCAAAAGUUUCGAUUUUGGGGAUUUAAUUGAUCUUUUUGGAGUGCUUCAUUUCUUAAAAUGUUUUGAUACUUUUUUUCUAUCCUCCAAGCUGUUGGAGAAAAUACAAGAGACAAGUUUUGGUUUUGGAGACUUGUUGGACCUUCUUGAGUGCUUCACUUGCUAAAUUUUUUUAUACUUCUAUUUUAUUGGAAAUGGAAUCAUUUCAAUGUACCUUUGUAAUUGUUGGGGAUGACUUUUGUUUCUUAUCUGAAGCUAGUUGGCGAGUUCUGAUGAGCAGGCGAGAAGUUUCACUUGGCUCUAAAACUAUUAAAAGCAUUCUCAAUUGCGCCUGUCCUCUUUAAAGCCAUCUCAAACGUUUCUCCAAUUCAACACAAUGAUUUACCAGUUCUUGUUCCUGCUUGGGAGUGAACGCAGUCACAAAACUUGCGCCUUUGAGAGUGCGUGGUUAAUUUUUGAAAAUAUUUUUCUACCUAAUGAAGUCUAGUAUAAAAGUUAUGGGGAAAAUAAUUUUAAAUCACACUUUCUGGGGAUAUUUGAGCCCAAUAAACAUUUAUUCAAAACUAGUUUUAAAAUGUCUAAAGUCACCCUUAAUUAUAAGUUAUUGGGACACAGAUUUCGAUUAUAAAUGUUGUUAUUGUAUCCCCUGUAUAAUAACUUGUGUAUUUGUUGAUAUCCUCGUAAAUGUAUUAUUAAAUGUUUGUCAUAUUGGCAAAAAAAUUCGUGAUUUUAUGACUACGUCAAAAAAAAAUUUUUAUACAUAAAUUUGCUCGGAGUAUUAUAUUUGAAAUAGGAUGGCCCAAAAACAUUUUUUUUAGUCUCAUACUAAAAUAUGUAUAUUUAUAAUGUUUUAAGAGUCCCCUCAAAACGGCAGGAUAUAACAGAUUUUUUAAGGGUUUCUCCAAAUUUUUAAAAAUUUCUAAAUUCGAUUUUAUUUUUCUCGUUAAUUCAUUUCUUUCUACAAGAAAAAUUCUGAAUAUCCUGAAAAUCUCAAGCCAAAAUAUUAAUAUAAACUUUAUUAAAGUACUUGUCUUGGAAACUUUGAAAAAUUUGGAAGAACCUUCAAAUAAAAUACUCUCAAUGUACUUAGGUUACUGUUGAAGAUUUACAUCCUCCAUGCUCUCCAAAAAUUUUGAUUUUGGGGAUUCCAUGGACUUUCUUGGAGUGCUUCAUUUGUUAAAAUGUUUUGAUACUUUUUUCCAUCCUCCAAGCUGUUGGAGAAGAUACAAGAGGCAAGUUUUGAUUUUGGGGACAUUUUAGACAUUCUUGGAGUGCUUCACGUGUUGAAAUCUUCUCUUUGAAACUUUGGAGUGACCUUUAAAUAUUAAAAUUUCUACUUGAGAUUUUCAGGAUUUUCAAAAUUUUUCUCAUAGAAAGAAAUUAAAUAAUGAGAAAAAUAAUUUAAAAAAAAUCGAUUUUUACGAUUUUAGAAAUUUUUAAAAAUUUGGAGCCAUUUGAAGGGGACUUUCAAAACAUAAACUUACAGAUUUUGGUACGUGACUCGAAAAAAUAAUUUUUUGGGCCACCCUAAUAUACAUAUAUGUGUAUCUAAUGUUUUUCCCACUAUAUUUUGUUAUAUGUAUGUUAUUGUUGGAUGAUUGAUAUGUUUCGAAUUUGAUAAAAUAUAUAGAUAUUUUUGGUAA